UCUGCUACCAGUUUCCUCACCAAGAUAUCCAAAAGAAAAAUAUUAGCGAUGGCUAAAUACACAGCCUUCAUUGCCCUCAUCUUCUGUCUUCUCCUUGUUGCUGCUACUGAAAUGCAAAUGGCAGAAGGAAAAUACUGCUGGAAGAAAAGUCACAAGUGGCAUGGGCCUUGCCAGUAUUCUUACAAAUGUAGCCACCAUUGCAAGCACUAUUUUGGAGCUGAAUAUGGAGUUUGUAAGAAAUAUCAAUGGGGAAAAUAUGCUUGCUAUUGCUAUUCUCCUUGCCAUUAAUCAUGAGGAAUUAACUUCAGAGUCUCAACGAUUGACUUGGAAUGAUAUAUAUAAAUAAGAAGAUGACUUUUUGUGUUUGCAGAGUACUAAAUACUGCUUCAACAAUCAGUUAGUGUGAUUUUGUUGUGUGUUUGUUGUGUCACAAUGUAAUAAGUUUUGUUAAGUCUCUAGCUUCACUUUUUUGGCCGAGCUAAUUGCAUUUGCCUGAACAAUUAUGUUGCUUUUCAUUUUAUUUUAUGUUUCUAUAUUGGUGUUUAAUUCGA